AUGUUUCUCAAAAUUACAUUUUUGGCAGGUCUUUCGGCCAUUGUCUUUGCUAGUCCUCUCUCUACACGUGCCACCUGCGACCUUGCUACGCUGCAGGCAGCCACCGACAAUUACAUUGCAGCGCAGAUUGCGGGAGAGGCCACAAAAUUGGGCUCAGUCACGGCACAGACAACGUACACGGAGAACUUCAAGGCGGCAGAUUUGAGCAAGGGAAUUCUGUCGCAGGCAUUGGCAAUAGCCCACAACCAUAGCCUCCACGACACGACGGCCUGCUCAACAUACCUUGAGCUCAUCAUCACCGAUGCCAAGCACCCGUCCGUCACGGGCACGCAAAUGUACUUUGCGCAAGAUGGCAGCGGCAUCAACAAGAUCGAGACACUCGUGACCGACAAGGGAGAUUGGCUGUUUGACGUGGCGGGCACACUCAAGUGGGCCUCGCAGGAGAAAUGGGACGAGAUCCCCGAGGCACAGAGGGACACGCGCGCCGUCAUCCAGGCUGCCGCCGAUGCGUAUGCCGAUAUUUUCAACAACAAGAGUGUCGUUGUGCCAUGGGGCCAACCUUGUGCACGGCUUGAGGGUGGUUCGUACACUGGCAAGGGUGAAGCGACUGAUCGGUGUGAUGUUGGCAUCCCUAGCGGCGUCAAGAACACGAAUCGACGCUACAUUAUUGACGAAGCCAAAGGAAGUGUCGACAUGUUCAUGACGUUUGCAGACAGUCUUCCAGACAGCCAUGAGUUUAGGGUGGAAGGAGGAAAGAUUCGCUACGUACACACCUUGACGGUUAUGAGCUAG